ACUUGAUGUUUUUUAAGGCAUUGUUGGGGGCGUUUACCAUUUGCAUUGAUCGCCUCAGCACAUUACUGUAUGAAUAGUGCAUUCUGCUGGUGGGUGUGAUCACAUUAGAGAUAAUGAGCUGAGCCAGGAGAAACUGUACAUCUCUUUAGUUUCAUACAGAUUAUAUUGCAGGAGAAUAUUUGUUUUAAAUUUGAAUUAUUUUAUUUAAAAGUAGACAUUUUAAGCUCUCUUUAGACAUAAGUUUCAUGUUUGUGCGAUAUAUAUUCACAGAGUUUCAGUUCAUUUUUGUGAAGUGUUUCAGAAAGAUGCUCACGGAGACAGAGACGGCUGAAAGCGCACCCUGUUUAUUUUCUUUAUUUUACAAAAGCACAAGGUUUUGUUGAUAUUGUGAGUGUACACAAAUAAAAGUAGACCCUUUAUAGUUUCUAAUGAUGUCUUACACUUAUCUGUAUGCCCAAAAAUGAUGAGGGUUAAGGCCUUGCCUUCAGGCAAAGCUCUGGGGCCUGAUGGUUUUGCCACUGAAUUUUUUAGAUCUUAUGCUGCAGAACUGGCUCCACUUUUAUUAGAAGUUUAUACGUAAUCAUUAAAGAAUGGAAAGCUUCCGCCAACCAUGAUGCAAGCCCGGAUCAGUCUGAUUCUUAAAAAGGACAAAGAUCCAAGCAAGUGUAAAAGUUACCGUCCAAUUUCCCUGAUCCAGCUAGAUGUAAAAAUAUUGUCAAAAAUUUUGGCUAAUCGAUUAAGUAAAGUUAUGACAUCUCUUAUACAUAUAGAUCAGGUGGGGUUUAUUAGGGGCCAUAGCUCUUCUAAUAACAUUAGGCAUUUCAACAAUAUCAUGUGUUCAGUGGUGAACGAUCAGACUCCGGUCGCUGCCAUCUUACUUGAUGGCGAAAAGGCGUUUGAUAUGGUAGAAUGGGAUUAUCUUUUUAAGAGACGAGCAGGCGCGCUGGUCAGGCUCCGUCGGCGGGGCCUUCGAACAGCGUUGCCGAGCAUUCAUCUAGCAAAUCUCCGUUCUCUCCCUAACAAAACGGACGAACUACAUCUCCUCACCCGCACAAACAAGAACUUUUCAACCUCUGCUGCCUUGUGCUUCACAGAAACCUGGCUGAGUGAAGCCAUUCCGGACUGCACGUUACAUUUGCCGGGCUUCCAGCUGUUCAGAGCAGAUUGCAUCGCGGAUUUAACUGGGAAAAUGAGAGGCGGUGGAACAUGCUUUUACAUCAAUGAAAGUUGGUGUACAGAUGUAACAACGUUAAAGAGGAUGUGCUGUCCUAAUUUGGAAACGCUCUUUAUUAACUGUAAGCCUUUUACUCGCCACGGGAGUUUUCCUCGUUUAUUCUGGUGAGUGUUUAUAUCACGCCAAAUGCGUGUUUGAAUGCGGCGCUGCAACAGCUAGCUGAUCAAAUCACAGACAUGGAACAACAAUACCCGGACUCAGUUAUUAUUAUUCUUGGGGAUUUUAACAAAGCAAACCUCACACGUGAACUGCCCAAAAACAAACAGCACAUUACAUGCCCAACCAGAGACAGAAAUAUACUAGAUCACUGCUACAAAACAAUAAAGGAUGCAUAUCGCUCUAUUCCUAGAGCAACUUUGGGACUAUCUGAUCACUGUCUGGUUCAUCUUCUUCCAAACUACAGACAGAAACUAAAAUCUGCUAAGCCUGUAGUAAGGACUGUAAAGAGAUGGACCAAUGAAGCAGAGCUGGAACUACAAGCCUGUUUUCACUGCACUGAUUGGAGUGUUUUUGAGGCUGCAGCCACAGACCUGGAUGAGCUCAUAGAUACGGUUAUAUCAUAUAUCAUUUUCUGUGAGGAUAUGUGCAUCCCUACUAGGACUUAUUUAAAGUUCAACAAUGACAAACCGUGGUUUACAGCAGAGAUCAGGCAGCUUCGUCAGGCCAAAGAGGAUGCUUACAGAGUUGGGGAUAAAAUUUUGUACAAUCAGGCCAGGAACGCACUGAAUAAAGAAAUCAGAGUGGCUAAAAGAAGAUACUCUGAGAAGCUGAAAAACAAGUUUUCAGCUAAUGACCCUGCAUCAGUGUGGAAUGGCAUGAAACAACUUACGAAUUACAGGACUCCUGCCCCCAACCCUGUGGUGGACCAACAACUGGCUGACGACCUGAAUGUGUUCUACUGUAGAUUUGAAAGGCCCAAUCUCACACCCCACACCCACUCUGACCUUCACUUCACACAAACACCAACACCUCCUGCAACCCCCCUCCUCCCUCCCUUAAAGGAUCCUCACCUCUUGACCAAUGAAACGCACUCCUCCAGAUUCUCCUUCAGCGUCUGAUUGAUCACAGCACUGAGAUUCUCUGACAGCUUGAGUAAAGCUUGCUCUACAUUACUCCAGGAUGCUAGUGAGGCAAGAG